UCUCAUGCUCGAUUUGCUCGAACAGAAUUGAGUUACAAAUUUACAAGAUCACGAAAAAGAAGAGAGUUGUAGGCAAUUUCCUAUCGUAACUGACUUGUGCUCUGUACUUUACUGCGUUAUAACUUAAUUAACUUUUGGGAAAGUAUCGACCGAUCAGUCCUAAACGCUGCAGUUUUACGAGAAUCAAAAAGUGCUUUAAUAAAUACAUUUAAUGUAUUUAAUAAAAUAAAGGCAAAUAAAAACGUCGAAAUUUUUCAAAAAGUUUUUGAAAAAUUUCGACGUUUUAUAAUUCUUGUAUUUAAUAGGAUUUGUUGUUUUUAAAUGGGAAUGGGUUGGUUAAAUGUUGGCUAGAGAAGGGAUUCAUAAAUAUACACCAAAGCUGAAAAGAAAUAGUCUCUUUUACUAAAGGAUUAGGAUAGUCUUUAUAAUUAAUUUAGCGUGAUUGAUUCAGUUCAUACGUACAGUGACGUACUUUAUGUGUGCUGCUACAGUCCAGGGGUGCAAAAACUUAUUUACAGAUAUGUAUUUAUUUAAUUCACUAGUUACCCUACGUGUAAACAGUGCGUACAUGUUGUACUGGUGACCUGCAGAGACAAACUCCAAAAAAUACAGCCGUACUUUGCAACUGCUUUAUGCGGUUAAGGGCACUUCUAGAAAAGAAAUGCGAUUAAACCCUUGAGAAAAUUAUACGAGGACUAGAGUAGUCUUUUUAACUUAGUACGCGGUGUGCACCACUGUCCGCUGCCCAUGGCCAAAGUAUGUAAGUACUGUAACAGAAUAACGAGCACAUCUUUAAGUCUUUAAAACUUGUAAAUAAUAAACUACAGCAGCGUGUCAGUGGAAUAAACCUGUAAAUAACAAACCAAAGUUGUGUAUAAAUUUUGUUAAUUUCUUCCAGGAUAGGAAAAAGGUGCUACUUAUCGACCCGGUGCGGUUCUUAUUAUGCUCCCAGUUUGCCACACAAGCAUAAAAAUAUAUAGAAUGUGAUGUUUUGAUAUCACGGCUAAAUGGCAGACGUUGCAGAAUUAAACGGUGUCCCAAAAAACAAACUUGUUUCCAAGUAUCGUGUAUUCGUACCGUACAUAUUUUUACGUGUGGUAUUUCUAUCAACGCUAACCUCUGUCUAAAUACAAAUCAGCUGUUUCUCUUUGCGUCCUCUUCUGGUCGAUGCGAAAGUCUAGAAUCGUGUUCCCACGUUGAUUCCAUUGUGAGAAUGUCAUACGUGGUUUUGGUUGGGCGGGCAAAUACGCAAUCGGCAAGCCCCAUUGGUUUAAAUGCAUUGCACUAUGACGUCCUAUCGUCUAUAAACAGCACAGACAGAUUUUCAGUCAUACAGCACUUGAAUACUCCUAUCGAUUUUUUCCGCUGUCGGUCUGUCUGCCAGUCUGACUCCGUUCCAUGUUUUACAUAACAGUCGCUCAUUCAACAAACUCAACCAGCUUUUUAUAGUAAAGUCUAAAGAUCUGCCAUUCGAUGCAUCUGCGCGAAGCUUUUUUCAGUUCAGGCCGUCCCUCGAUUUCGCAGCUUCGCUUAUGGAUAGUUAGUAGCUUUGCCAGCCAUAAUUUUAUUAUAUUUUACCGAUUGCGCCACCAUUGUAGUGUACUUGCAUUAAUUAAAAUAAGCUUGCUAGUUUGUGUUUGCUCUUCGUACUUUUUGCAUUUUACUGAAACUGCGGCACCGCUUACUACAUACUUACCUGCCUACCAUCUGAGUCUCCCCAGUAACCGGCCUUGUUAUCGGUUUCAUCUGAUUGGUAUGUGGUGUUUACAAUCACACUGCCAAUGAGCGAUAAAAUUCCCAGAGUGAACUGACUCUGUAUGUAUUGAGGAUCAGCAAUAAUUAUUCAAAAUAAUUGAUUUGAUUCUGGAUUUAUCAUUCAAGUCUUUUUUUCUUCGGUCUUUCGAAACGUCCAGUCAGUAAUAUCGCUGCUGUAUUUUUAGUUAGAUUUAGUUGUCAUCCAUCAGACAAAAACUGUAGCCGUGCAGUUUGGAUUAUCAGUCUCCUUUCGUGUGGCUCGCAUCAAUCAGGCUGGUUCUCAGCUGGUCGAUUGAGUUUUUCCUCUUACAAUUAGAUUUGAAACUGCCUAUCGAUCCUUCUGCGACCCCGGCUUGUAUUAGAUCCCGAUUACAAGUACCAUAUUAUUUGGAGCGAAAUUAUUCAACGAUACGGCAGAGCGGUAGCUUUUGGUUAUGGCAAACCUGUUUGGAUAUAUGGAUAUUUUUCGAGAAAUGCAGCUGAUUGCAGAGACCGGACUGAUUUCUCGUUGUCCAACAUUCUGCGAUCAAUAUGUCCAGACAGGUUUGGCGUUGGAAGUAUUUCUGAAGAAGGAGCGCAAAAGUAUUGAUUUGAGUGUGGGAUUGGACAGUGAUGGCGAAUACAGCGAUGUCUUCAGCUCUAGCAGUUCGUCAAAUAUGUGUUCGGACCCGCCCAGCCGAGCUUCAUCGCCGAGCCUGUUCAGUCCCGUUGAUUCGCUUGAUGGUGGAUUUUCUGGUGCUUCGUCCCGAAAACAUGGGGAUCCCAAACGGAAGCUCAUGCAUCAAUUCAGUCACAACUCAAGCGAUAGUGGCAUAUCGCCGCCAUAUUCCCCUGACGGGCUGUCUGCUCGUCACCAAAGCGAGUCUUCCUCUUUUAACAAUGGACCGCCUUCUCCUGGAUCGUCCAGUCGUUCGCGAUCGAGCAGUCCAGAAGACGGAACGCGCCGACGCAUACACCGUUGCCAUUUUCAUGGGUGCAACAAGAUUUAUACCAAGAGUAGCCAUUUGAAAGCUCACAAUCGCACUCACACAGGUGAAAAACCAUACAAAUGCUCAUGGGACGGCUGUGAUUGGAGAUUCGCACGAUCAGAUGAGCUGACGCGACAUUACCGCAAGCACACCGGCGCAAAACCAUUUAAAUGCAAUCAUUGCGAUCGGUGUUUUUCUCGUUCGGAUCAUUUGGCUCUACAUAUGAAAAGACAUCCACCAUUGCCUUCUGCCAAACUCUGAUAGGCCAACCAGAUAGUCGAGUAAUAUCAGGAAGUGAUACCUGUCGAAAGAGGAUAAUGGUGCGAUGAACACUGUUGAUGACGGUAUCUUGUUGGACUGGAGCGGUAUUAAUUCUACCUAUCCCAAAUAUAUGCAGAAUCCGGUGGUGCUUGCGGUGCCGUUGUGUUGUUUUCCGUCGUGUUUUGCUUCUGGUCCGCGCUGGACUGUUUGGAGUGCUCGUGGUGAAUUAUGGUCCCAGCUAGCAAACAAAUUAUACUGCCUGACAAAAGUAUAAUUUCGUGCCCAUCACACCUUAUAAAGCCAAAGUUUAGAAAACCUAAAUCCAAAAACGCACCCAAAAGAUUUACCGUUGCAAAGUUUAUUUGUGAAUUGAAUUUUUGGUAACUGUACGUUAAUGAUUGUCUCUUGUUCUUUGUAGCGGUAUUGUUUGGUUUUGUUUCCUCUCAUCUGACAUAUUGGCCUUUGUAUAUUUAUUUUCGUUUGUUGUGGUAUGACGAUGGAUUUGAUUUUUGUGUGACUACUUAAUUUAUCAUGGAUGGGUCGUGCGUGCAUUUGUUGUGAUGUGAUCGUCUUCGUGGGAUUGUUGAUUAUGUAUCAGCACUGUUGUCAAUGGAAAAGUGGUCUCGUUGAAAGUAUCGGCACAUAAUCCCGGUGAAGGUUUUGUUGUUGCGUUGUAAAAUGACUGCGAUUGAGAGUUUACAAAAUUAAGUGAACGUGUGCUGUGUGUACCUGCAAUAAAUGAUGCAGCUGGUUGG